AUGAAAAACUUUUUAUUAAAUUUUAUAUUUUUAUUAUAUUUUAAUUUUUCAUAUUCUGCAUUUACAACAGAUUUUGGAAAUUGGUUAAGCUUACAUUUUGGUGAAAAUAUACGUCAAAAUCUGGAACGUUUAGAUUUAGGUGAUAAUGGUUCAUUUGGUGGAAAAAUAAAUGGGACAGAAAUUGCUAAUAAGCAACCUGUUAUUUUUGUACAUGGUGUUUCUAGUACUGCUGGUGAUAAAAUGAAAUUAUCAGCAAAUUUUUUUAAGAAACAUAGUUAUAAUAAUUAUGAAUUAUAUGGUACAACAUAUGCAAAUGGUGCUCAAGGGAAUCCAUUACAAUGGGCACAAUAUCAUAUGAGUUGUCAUUAUGUUAAAUUAAUUAGAGCAUUAAUUGUUGCUGUUAGAUUAUAUACAGGAAGAUCAGUUGAUGUUGUAUCAUAUUCACUUGGAGUUCCUAUAAGUAGAAAAGCUAUAUUAGGUGGAAGAUGUGUAGAUACUGGAGAAGAUUUAGGACAUCCAUUAACAAAAUUUAUUGAUACAUUUGUUGGUGUUGCUGGACCAAAUCAUGGAAUAAGUCUUCAAAUGGGUGUUCUUUCACUUCCUGGAUGUGCAUUAAGUGCAAUACCUAUUUGUAAUCAACUUACAGGUUUAUAUUCUGGUAACUGCCCAUAUGAAAGUUCAUUUCUUCAAGAUAUUAAUAGUAAUUAUAAAUAUGAAGGAAAAUAUAUUUAUUCAAUACAUAGUAAAGCUGAUCAUGUUGUAGGCUACAAAGUAUGCAAUUAUAUUACAACGCAAAUACCAGGUCAAACAGGUGAAAAAGUUUAUAUAGAUAAGAACCAUGAUGAUGUAUAUUAUCAUUCGUAUAAUAUACAAUUAAGAAUGGUACGUGAUCAUCUUAUACCAUAA